UCUUGAGUGUGUGGUUUUCGAAACGCCAGAACUUGUUGACAACUUCAUUUCAUCAUUAUAAUGGCGGUUUAGGGCACAGUAGCAAACGAUAUUGUUAUCUGUUACCUAUUCUGUUACUUGCUGUAAUAAUUUACGGACCAGUAAUGUCCAAAUCGACGACGAAGCACCCGAAAGAAAACGAGUCAAAACGUUUGCCAAUCUACAAGCAUAAAGCUAAACUGGUACAGGCCGUGAAGGAGAGCCCUUUUUUGUUGGUCACAGGUGAGACUGGCAGUGGGAAAACGACGCAGCUUCCACAAUAUUUGUACCAAGCAGGCUUUUGUAAAAAUGGCAAAAUUUGCAUCACCCAGCCCCGCCGGGUGGCUGCCAUCACGGUGGCUCAGAGGGUUGCCCAUGAGAUGCAGUGCACUCUGGGAAGAGAGGUGGGCUACCAGGUGCGCUUUGACGACUGCACAACACAGGAUACGGAGGUGAAAUAUAUGACGGAUGGCUGUUUGUUGAGAGAGGUCCUGGCAGACCCUGGACUUUCUCACUACAGUGUUGUGGUCUUGGAUGAGGUCCACGAGCGAAGCCUCAACACUGAUAUCCUCCUGGGUUUACUGAAGAAGGUUUUUUCUAAUCCGGCUGAAUCUAUGAAGGGCCGAGCUUUUCCACUGAAAGUGGUGGUGAUGUCAGCCACCAUGGAAACAGACAAACUUUCGUCUUUUCUUGGUGACUGCCCCGUAUUUGCUAUCCCCGGAAGGACAUUUCCUGUCACCUGCACAUUGGGCACCGCUGUGGGACCUAAAGAUCUACAGAGCACGGGUUAUGUGAAAGAGGUUGUGACUCUGGCUCUGGAUGUUCACACCAGUGAGAAGGCCGGCGAUAUUUUGGUGUUUUUAACAGGUCAGUCAGAGAUCGAGCGGGCCUGUGAUUUGCUGUUUGAAAAGGCUGAGUCUAUAGACUACCGCUAUGACGUACAGGACAAAACAGUAGAUGGGCUCCUUAUUUUACCCCUCUAUGGUUCCAUGCCAACUGAGCAACAGCGGCAGAUCUUUCAGCCUCCUCCUCUGGGAAUAAGGAAGUGUGUGGUGGCCACCAACAUUGCUGCCACAUCUCUCACCAUCACUGGCAUAAAGUACAUCAUAGACAGCGGCUUUGUGAAACAACUCAACCACAACUCCAGGGUGGGCAUGGACAUUUUAGAAGUGGUGCCCAUUUCAAAGAGUGAAGCUCAGCAGAGAGCAGGCCGAGCUGGAAGAACCUCAGCCGGGAAGUGUUUUCGCAUCUACACCAAAGAGUUCUGGGAGGAAUGCAUGCCCGAAUAUACUAUUCCUGAGAUCCAGAGGACGAGUCUGACUGCAGUGGUCCUCACACUUAAGUGCCUCGGUGUACAUGACGUCAUUAGGUUUCCCUAUCUGGACCCUCCAGAAGAGAGGUUUAUCCUGGAGGCGCUGAAACAGCUCUAUCAGUUUGAUGCUAUCGACAGGUUUGUGCGCGUGUCACCUGUUUUUGGUAUCGUUAGCACAACAGCAUUGGCCGUGACGGGCACCACGUUUUCUGCUAGGAGGGGUCGAGUGACUCACCUGGGGGGGCUGAUGGUGGAGUUUCCCCUGCACCCGGGCCUCACCAGAGCCCUGCUGAAGUCUGCCUCGCACGGCUGCCAGGACCUGCUGCUCCCCGUGGCUGCCAUGUUGUCUGUAGAGAAUAUCUUCAUACGGCCUGGCGACCCUGAGAAGCAGAAAGAAGCCGAUCAGAGUCAUAGAGCCCUGGUGGCCAAUAGUGGCGGCAUAAAUGACUUCAGCACACUUCUUAGUGUGUUUCAACAGUGUAAAGCCAGCGAAAGACCAUCAGUGUGGUGCAAGGAUAAUUGGAUCCACUGGAGGGCGCUCAAAUCCGCCUUCAGUGUGGAGACUCAGCUGCGUGACAUCCUCCUUCGUUUGCAACAAAGGAGAGAUUUCCCUGUCGAGAAAUUUGAUGGCAAUAAAAAUGAACUCUUUCGACGGUGCCUGUGCACAGGGUACUUCACCAAUGUUGCCAGAAGGUCUGUUGGAAAGGUAUUUUGCACAAUGGAUGGUCAUGGAUCCAUGGUUCACAUUCAUCCAUCGUCAUCGCUUUUUGACAAGGAGAUGGAGCUGGACUGGAUUCUCUUCCAUGACAUGUUGGUGACGUCACGUGUGUACAUCAGGACGGUAUGUCCCAUCAGAUACGAGUGGGUGAAGGAUCUGCUGCCAAAAUUGCACGAGGUAGACGUUUAUGAACUAAGCAGUGUGGCGAGAGAAGAAGUCACUGAUGAGGAGGUGACAAAGUGGGAGAGGAGAGACGCUGCCAAAAGGCAAUCAGAGGUUUCUGGUGAGGAUGCCUUGAAGAAGGUGGAGAAGCGAAAUGACGAAAGCAGUAUCAGUGAUGCACGCGCUCGCUACCUGCAACGGAAGCAGCAAAGACAACAAAAUAAAGUUCUCUGAGAGUGUGCUGAAUUGUCUUACUAGUGAGGACAAAGAGCAUACUAGUACAUGGACAAUUCAGAACUAGUAGGAUAUCAAAUAAAUGGUCCAACGGGUUUCCAUAUGCAUGGACAGCAUGGACCUGAUUCACAAUGUCAGCAAUGCUGUUGUGGUAUUAUUUGUUUUAAAUUACAU